UAGGUACUAAUAGCUGCAUUGUACUACCCACUUAGCCACUUAGAUAGUAUUUUAUAAACAUAAUCAAAUCUUCAAAUCCCUCAUACUGCAUCCCUUUCCAAUGUAUCCACCACGUUUCCGUUUGUUUGCUGCUGUGACCCCUAGUUUGGGGAUCAUUAGAAAGACAAAGGAAACAGAAUAAAAAUAAGAUAAGACAUCGGGAAACAAAGCUAAACAGACAACCUAAAGUCGUAGAAGAGAAGGGAAAGAGAGAUACACAUUUCGACACACUAGACCCGACUCGAGCUUCCAAUAAAAAAAAAGCAAGAUAAAGCCAAAGCCCCAAAGCCGCGAUGAAAGACUACAGCUUCUUCUAAGAAGUAGCUGGGUCUUUUCCAGCCUCAUCCAACUUUGCUCAGCCAUCAUACAUAUCACCCCCUAUCGACUCGGCAUCUAGGUAGGUAAAAUACUACCUUAAUACCAAAAACACCCGGCGGAAACUGCCAUGUCGUCGUCAACCGAGCUCCACCGCGAAUGGAACACCAAGAACCUUGGCCUCCGGCUGGGUGCCGACUUUACCAGCGCCGCGUCCGCCGCGUCCAUUAUCGCGCCCUUCAUAUCCUUCGUUGACAGAGCGAUAAUGGAGAACGCCUCAGGCCGGAACACCCUCUCCGCGAGCCUCAAAACCUCUCUCCGCACGCUCCUCCUGCACCCACCCCGCACCCUCUUCUCCAAGCCCGUCGCGCUCAUCUUCAUGCUGUACGGGGGCACCUACCUAACCGCCAACACCCUCGACACCCUGACCUCUACCUUGCGCAACCAGCCCGCCUCCCACAUCACCACCGGGACCGCCAAGUUCGCCGCCUCGAGCACCGCCAACGUCGGUCUGUGCGUCUACAAAGACCAGUUCUACGUGCGCGCCUACGGGCCCCUCACCACCACCACCGUCCGCCCCGUCGCCCUGCCCAGCUACCUCCUCUUCACCCUCCGCGACUGCCUGACCAUCUUCGCCUCCUUCAACGUGCCCCCGCUCCUCGGGCCCCUGCUGUCCGAGCGCAUGUCCUCGUCGCUGCAGCACCACCUGAGCGGCACCACCGUCGCGCAGUUCGCCGCGCCCGCAGCCGUCCAGCUGUUCUCCACGCCCAUCCACCUGCUCGGCCUCGACCUGUAUAACCGCCCCACCACCACCACCACCACGGGUAGCGGUUUGGCGCGGGACCCGAGCUGGCGCUCGAGGUGGGCGCAGAUCCGGAAGAACUGGGCCUCGAGCACCCUGGCGAGAAUAUGUCGGAUCAUCCCGGCGUUUGGGGUAGGCGGCACCGUGAAUACAAAGGUACGGAGGAAUCUUAUGGAGAGGCUCGCUUGAUUGCUGAGCUGCGGGCUACGAUAAAAAUGGGUGUGCACUGAGUGAAGAACGGUAUUAUAGCGUGGCGUUGCAAGGAUGGCUAGGUAGGAACAGAAUAUGGGGCGGGUUUCCAAAGGUAACAUUAAUUAGGUAGUUAUAGAAAAUGGCCAGGUUCAACAAGGGGCCAACGAAGAGGAUAGGUUAGAGCUGGGAUCGGUAAAAUUCACGAAGGCGGGCG